AAUGUUUGUUAGCCAUUUAUAUUUAAUUUUAUUAGUAGCUCGAUUGAUUUCCGAUUUUACUAAUUUGGCGAUAUUCAUAAUUUAAUAUAAGAGGUAGUUUGACAUUUGUCUUGAUCAUUACGCUGUUGGAUUUUGUAAAGUGAAGUUGGUGGAAUAAAACUGUGAUCUAUAUUUGAGUGUUUUAAUUUCAAGUUAUCAUAUCAGAAGUUGGAAACGAGUCCAAAACGCCACAGUAUGGAUGAACAUGAUAGGAGAUCUAUACGGACGCCUCCGCUCCCACGUGACGAUCCUGAGGGAGGCCAAACGAUGACGCCGCCGCAAGUACAACACAGGCAUAGCAGGGCUUGCGACCGGGAACUGGAGAGGCGCAGCCGCACAAGACGAAGUCGAUCCAGACACAGCCGCGGGAGGAGUAGCCGCAUCAACUCCGACGGAUCAAGAAGCAGCAGGCGCCGCAGCAGGUCACGUUCGCGCCGCAGCCCGUCGCGAAUGCGCCCCAGCCCGGCGCACGUACACCGGAGUCCUACACGUUCGCGCCGCAGCCGCAGCCGCUCGCGUCGCAGUCGGACGCGCUCGCGCCGCAGCCGCAGCCGCUCGCAGUCGCGCCGGCGCCGCCGCAGUCAUGCGAGGUAUGGUGAUAAUGAAUUACUAGGCACUUUGAAAGAUUUAUUUAGAGCUGUUAGAUCAGAGGACAGGUCAGAUCAUGUUGAAAGAUUUCCCGUAAUGAACGUGUUGCCUGAAUUUGACCCAGCCAAUCGGAGCCAAACUAUUGACGUAUGGCUGAAUAAAGUAAAUGAGACCGCUAGUAUUUACAAUUGGACUGAACGACAAAUCAUUCACUACGCGCUCCCUAAACUAGCCGGUGUUGCUCUAAAGUGGUACCAAGGUUUGACGAGCUUAAAACACACAUGGCCCGAAUGGCAAGUUAAAUUAAAAACGGCUUUUCCUAGUAAGGAAAAUUAUGGUUUAUUGUUAACGGAAAUGCUUGAAAAACGCGCUAAAUAUGGAGAUUCAUUAGAAGAUUAUUAUUACGAAAAAGUUAUGCUACUUAAUAGGUGUCGAAUCACAGGCACCGAUGCAGUUGACUGUAUUUUAUUAGGGAUCGAUGAUAGAGCAGUAAAAACCAGCGCCGAAGCGGCUCAAUUUACAGAACCGGAUAAAUUGCUAGUUUAUUUGCGUAGUCAGAAAAAUACCAAACCAAGAGUUUCGUCGCGUCAGACCAAUGAUAGCAAACAAGUUAACAAUCGAGGCCCUAAGUCGGAUAAUAAAGUUGUUAAAUGUUUUAAUUGUGGUGAGGAUGGACAUCCUCAUUUUAAAUGUAAACAGCCAAUAAAGAAAUGCGAAACUUGUUCUAGAAUUGGUCAUGUUGCAUCGGAUUGUAACACUAAGAAGAAUCUGGACGUCAAAAACGAAAAAACUGUGUCAUGACUAGCCGUAUCUAGUAGUAAAGAUCAAAAAUUUUAUAAAACUGCAUACGUAAACAAAACAAGUCUAUCGUGCUUCAUAGAUUUUGGCAGUGAGUGUACACUUUUGAGGUUAUCUGAUGCAAAUAAAAUUUUUGAUGAUUGGUCUAAAGAUAACUUACCUAUUUUAAGAGGCUACCCACAUUCAGCAACUCAGACAUUAGGUAAAGUUUAUACGAAUAUCGUAAUUGAUUCCGCUGAAGCUACUGUAGAGGUAUUUAUAGUACCUGAUAGUCAUUUAAGUACCUCUUUAUUAAUUGGACAAUCGUUUACUGAACAGGAUCACAUAGUAACCUAUAAAACUAGUAAUAGUCUGUCUUUUUCAAACACAUCGAAGGAUUAUGAAUACAAACCUAUAUCUUUGAUCGCUAAAAACACUAUCAUCAUAAAUAAUGUUACUGAAGUGGAUUUCUAUACUAAGCCAGUUUACAAUGGGUUGAUAUAUGUAGAGUAUAGUUUGAUAUCGCAACCUGGAAGGGAAUAUGUAACAGUACCUGGUUUAAUUACUGUGACAGAUGGGCAUGGACGAGUUAUGGUUAAAGGCUUAUCAGUUAACCCUUUUGAGCUAGUACAGGAGAGUGUUAUUACUCGUGCGUGUAUUGCAAGAGAAGCUCAAGCAUAUAAAGUUAAUCGAAUAGAUUUGAAUUCAACACUUACCGUUAAUGAAGAGAUAUCUUUAGCUAGAGUUCAAGUAGAGCAGACAUUGAGCGAGCAAGAGAUGAAUGAACUAGUUAAGUUGUUAAACGAACAUCGCAAAUGCUUUGCAUUUAGUACCAAAGAAUUAGGUUGCUGUAACUCUACAUCUAUGAAUAUUCAACUAAAUGAUAAAACGCCGGUAGUAUACCGUCCUUAUCGCCUGUCUUAUGCGGAAAGAGAGGUUGUAAGAGACAUGGUUAAUGAAUUGAAGGAAUCAGGAAUUGUUAGUGAGUCAACUUCCGAUUAUGCAUCACCAAUCAUAUUAGUAAGAAAAAAGACUGGAGGCUAUCGUAUGUGCAUUGACUAUAGAGCUCUCAAUAAGAAAACAGUAAAGGAACAUUACCCUUUACCCCGAAUAGAUGAUCAAUUAGACGGGUUAGCUGGAUAUUCAUAUUAUACGACGUUAGAUUUGGCAUCUGGUUACUACCAGAUACCAUUAGCUGAGCCUUCGAAACAUCUCACGGCUUUUAUUACACCAGAUGGUCAUUACCAAUUUAAUAGAAUGCCUUUUGGUUUAAGCAACGCACCUGCCAAUUUUCAACGAACCAUAAACAAUAUUCUAGGUAAUGCUCGCUUUAAACACGCAUUUGCAUAUAUGGAUGACAUAAUCAUACCAUCUAAAGAUUUCAAUGACGGUUUGUACAAACUAAAACUUACUUUACAAUUAUUCCAUGACGCUGGUAUGACUUUAAAUUUAGAUAAAUGUAAUUUCUUUAAAAAAUCAAUAGAGUAUUUAGGAUUCGAGGUUGAUCAAAAUGGUAUAAGGCCUGGUGAGAAAAAGAUUCAAGCAGUAAAAGACUUCCCUCGUCCUACUGAUCAGCAUAAGGUUAGGCAAUUUAUAGGAUUAGCCAGUUUCUUUCGGCGAUUCGUGAAAAACUUUUCUAUUAUUGCGAGACCGCUAACUCAGCUGUUAAAGAAAGAUUCUAAAUUUACGUGGGGCGAACAGGAGGAAAAUGCAUUUAAUCGGCUUAAAAGUGACUUAACGGACAGACCUAUUCUUGCAUUUUUCAAUCCAUCAUAUGAAAUAGAGGUACAUACUGACGCGUCUAAAUUUGGAGUGGCCGGAAUUUUACUACAGAGAAAAGAUAAGUCAAAACCAUUCGAAGCUGUUGCC